CACAAACACAGUUCUGCGGCAAAAACAUCACUGCUAUGACCAUGGGCAAGAUCAUCUUCUACGAGGACAGGAACUUCCAGGGUCGCUCCUAUGAGUGCAUGAGCGACUGCUCUGACAUGUCCUCCUACCUGAGCAGGUGUCACUCCUGCAGGGUGGAGAGCGGCUGCUUCAUGGUGUACGACCGUCCCAACUACAUGGGAAACCAGUACUUCAUGAGGAGGGGAGAGUACUCUGACUACAUGAGCAUGAUGGGCAUGAGAGACUGCAUCAGGUCUUGCCGCAUGAUCCCCAUGCACAGAGGACACUUCAGGAUGAGGAUCUACGAGAGGGAGAACUUUGGCGGUCAGAUGUAUGAGCUGAUGGAUGACUGUGACAACAUCAUGGAUCGUUACCGCAUGUCCAACUGCAUGUCCUGCAACGUGAUGGACGGCCACUGGCUGAUGUACGAGCAGGCCCACUACAGAGGCAGAAUGAUGUACUUCAGGCCCGGAGAGUACAGGAGCUUCAUGAGCAUGGGCAUGGGCGGCAUGAGGUUCAUGAGCAUGAGGCGCAUCAUGGAUAUGUAAAUCAUCUUUGAUCAACAUGU